AUGAAACCCCCCAUUGUCAGGUUUUCGACGCAAGAGGAGUUCGUGUAUCGAUUAGAACGAGGCACUAUAAUUGAAAUGGAAAAUGAAAUGGCACAACUCGCAAAGCUCAACGAGCGUGGGGAUCAAUACCCGGCAUGGGUAAUUGGGCCCAUACAAGGAUGUCAGACCUCCUUUACGACUUCCUGGUUGCUUCUAGCAAAAAGUCCAUCUUCCUCUACAAACGCAAUCUUCCCCACGGUCACCGAUAGAAUAACCAUCGACAUUGAAGCAACGGUUCAAAUGCCUCAGGGGUUAUUUACCCUUUAUCACCUGGCCGCAACGCGAAUCCAAAACCCAUAUGAAGAUGUCGCUGGUCUUGAGGGGAACUUCAUCCAAAAGCUCGCGGCUUUCAAAGUGGAUGUUCCACGUUGUCAGAGAACUGAAAGCGGUGAACAAAUGGAGCUCAACGUGAUAGGCCAGCUCCAGGUCUCUGGUGCAUUAGAUGACUUCUCUGGGAUGGUGUUGGACGAGUCCAACCAGAGGAGCAUCUCAAUCCGGUGGGACAUUUCUAGUCAGACUUUCGAGGCCGAACUUGAUGCUCUACACUUUUUCGUUGCACCAAAGAGGUCUGAGAAGAGAGGGCCUGGCUACCGUGCCAGACUUGCGUUUGCAAUGUUGCAGCAUUUUCAAGCAGAAGGCCCCGAGAUGAUCAAUCUUCUCGAAAAGUACCCCCAUCUCGCACAGCCCAGCGACCCAGCGCACAAAAUUUCUCCCAUCCUUUUGAAGAAAUUUGCCCAAUUCAACGGCGAUCAUGUGGCAGCUCACGAGGGACUUGGCCGAAUCAAGAACGGCCUCUACUUUGUCAAUGGUUGCCCUGGUGCCGGCAAAACCGAAUGGAACAUGGUCAUUUCGGCCCUUAUUCAAUCGCAUCAUACAUAUGCCGCCAAGAGGAUCCCUCAUCAGAUUCUUUUUCUCGUCGAUAUCAACCAGACCGUUUCGGACGCAGCUGAUAGAUAUUACUGCCUCUGUAAAGAGGCAGGGCUUGAUGUUCAGAUUAUACGGAUGCAUGGGUGGCCAUAUGAGAUGCGCAACUCUAACAGAUUGAAUCGAUCAGGUGGACGGGGCGGGGAGGACGAUGGCAAUGAAGCCGCGGAUUUCACCAAGAGUUUUCUGACCACCGUAGGCUUGACUCACCACGCCAAGCUGGAGAGAGAUGGCAGACGUGCUCCCAAUCUCGACGAGGCGGCCUGGGAUCAUUACGAGAAGCACAAGCAUGACAGCUAUCCUGGCCUCACGAAGCUUCUUGACCGAAUCGAGAAGGAAGAGGUUCUCGACGGCGAGGACUGGAGGCUGCUUCGCCGCUUGGUCACUGGCUUGUACCGAGAUGUCCUUGCUGGCGCUGACUUUGUUGCCACGACCCCUGUAGCAGCCUCUGGUAGCUUUGCCAAGUUGUUUCGCCCGGAGAUUGUCUUUGUGGACGAAGCUCCUCAUGCCCGAGAGCUGACGACACUUAUACCCCUUGCAUACUUUGAUCCUGUGGCUUGGAUCUUCACCGGCGACGUAAAGCAGACACGCCCCUUUGUUGAUAGCUGCGGCUCUGAGAGAACGGCUCAGCUAAAAGGCUUGAAGUUUAAUCCUUACGCGGAACAGCUACGCUUCAGCACCAUGGCGCGAGCAGCCGCGGCAGAUGCCCUCGAUCAGAAGCUACUGGUCAACAAUCGUGCAUACGGUAAUCUGCAGCGCCUUCCGUCUGAGAUGUUCUACGAUGGCGAGAUGACUUCGGGGCAUAGUGAGGAGGCUAUGUAUCCGCCAAGCACCAAGUAUCUGAAGGACCAUUUGGAGAAGCUCUCGGGAAAACAGAACCUGGAAGAAAACAGGCUUGUGGUGAGCUUUGAAACCAGCUCCGAGGAAACUCAUCGCAGCAGCUUCUGGAAUCCCAAACAGCACAAUUGGGUCAUUGAACAGGUGAAGUGCCUCUUGGAAGAUGCAAAGUUCCAAAGCGUCUCUGGUGCCCCUGGAACGAUUAUGAUCCAAACCCCCUACAGCACUGCCUACCGGCAGUAUCACGGGGAGGUCAAACAAUGGCCUGCGGAGUGGCAGAGCCGUGUCCUGGUCUUGACGGUUGACAAGGCGCAGGGCAACCAAGCAGACGUGGUAUUUCUCGACAUGGUCAGAACCACGUCGGUUGGGUUCAUGGAUGACCCUCAAAGACUCAACGUCGCCAUCACUCGAGCGAGACAGGCCGAGAUCAUUGUGAUGCACGUCCGCAUGAACUAUCGGCAAGCCAAAGGAUGCCGACGCACUAAAUACGCCACACAGGUCUGGGGCGAUGCCCAUGCGCACAGACGUCUUGUUCAUCUGCCCUAG